AUGCGCUUCUCAACACUCGCUGUAUUCUUUGCUUGUGCUCUUGUAGUUUCAGUGAGUUUGAAACUCGGAAAAAUUUAGAAAUUUGAUUAAAUUUUCAGAGCAGCGUUCUUCGUGAGAAGAGACAAUGUGGAUGUCAAGCACUUCAGCAAUCACAAUGUUCAUGCCAACAAGUUCAACAAACUCAAUCAUGCUCAUGCCAAUCUGCUCCAGUUGCUACACAAUCUUCAUCGUGCUCUUGCGCUCAACAACAAACCCAACAAACUCAAACUAUUCAGGUAAUCUAUGAUAAUUAAAAAUAUGAAAUGAGACCUUAUCUCAGAUCUGUAGAACAAAAGAGAUUGAUUUUCUAUUUGUUACUAAUAUUUUGCUGAAUUCCAGGUCCAAUCUAGCCAAUGUGCUCCAGCUUGUCAACAAAGUUGCUCACAACAAUGCCAAUCAAGCCCUUCCGUAUCACAAUGCCAACCACAAUGCCAACAACAGUGCCAAUCUCAAUGCACCCCAAUGUACAAUCCAACAACUUCAACAACCACAACCACAACUACACAAGCCCCAGUUUAUUACACUCAAGCUUGCCAACCAGUGUGCCAACAACAGUGCCAAUCCUCGUGUGUUGCUCAACAACAACCAGUUGCCCAAUGCCAACCACAAUGCCAACAACAAUGCAACGUUGCAUGUGAUUCACCAUCUACCACCACAACUACAACUACCCAAGCUCCACAAAUUAUCCAAAUCCAAUUGGAAAUCCAAGCUCAAUGUCAACCAGCUUGUCAACAACAAUGCCAAUCGUCGUGUGAUACCCAACAACAACAACCAGCCGCUCAGUGUAAUCAAGCUUGUAAUUCGCAAUGCUCAAAUGCUUGCCAACAAGUUUCUCAACAAGUUCAAACCGCAUACAAUCCAUACCAAACAACCCAAACCAGCACUGUUGCACCAAUGUAUGAUCCAUACAACAAUCAACAACAACAACAACAACAAUCAAACUGUGCUUCAGCUUGUCAACCAGCUUGUGAUACAUCUUGCACAUCUCAACAAACUCCAACAAUUGCUCCAAUGUACAAUCCAUAUCAAGAUACUACAACUGAAUCUGCUCCAUCUCAACAAGUUAUUCAAAUUGUUUUGCAAACUUCAGUUGCUCAAUCUUCUCAAUGUACUCCACAAUGUGAAUCUUCGUGCCAAAAUCAAUGUGUUGCUCAACAACAACCAGCUUCACAAUGUCAAUCAGCUUGCCAAUCUUCAUGUUCUUCAUCUUGCCAAGCUGCUCAACCAGCUACAGUUGCAUGUGAUCAAUCGAAUACUUCAUCAAAUUCUUGCUCAUGUCAAUCAAACUAUUCUCCAUGUGGAAAUGGACAAUGUUGUCGCAGAAAGUAA